CGCACCGGUCACGUUCUAGUCCUCUCCGGGUGGCAGUGUGAGGGACCUUUACUCUGACUCGCUUCAACUACGAUUCCCCGCAGUGCAACUACAUUUUAAACAAAAAACAGCUGUCGAAAAGUGUCCAAUUCUUUUUUCUUUUCUUCUAAAACACGAUUCCAUAACUGUCAUAAACGAGUUGUUAGUCUUAAUGUAAAAGCAUUUGGUAUUUAGUAUUGACUGAUCGCUGUAAAUUCCUCGGAGCACGAAUUUUUAAAGAUAUUCAUAUAUAUAUUUGUCUCGAACGUGACUUGAGGUAAUUAGCGUGCCUAAAAGGGAUCGUUUGGCCAUCAUCUACACAAAUUAUGAUUGUUAACAUCCCGUAUUGUGUCUUCUCGUUCAUGUGAGAACUGCAUGCGUCUCGCUUAAGAAAAAGUGAAGAACAUGCAUGAAACAGUGCCAAGUGCAGUGCCAUUCACAUCGCUGUCAUUCCCUGGGCAGUGACAAAGCCUCCAGUGACACAGGUGCGGCAGAGAAAAGGGAAAAGGCGCAUGACUUUCAAAGACAUCUCAAAGACACUGUUACUUUUGAAGGACAUCCUCUAUCACCUGAGACUAGAUCCUUAGGUGAAAAUAACCUACUAAAAAAAAAGAAAAAAAGAAAAAAAGAGAAAGAGAAAGAGAAAGAGAGAGGAAAAAGUACUCUUGCGUGUAUUAGACUCAGCGCUCAAUACAAGGUCGCGUUUGGAGAAUAUAAUCAACACAGACGCUCUUAUUUGUCUCAUUUUCACACAGACCCUCGCGAAGGAGAGACUAAAGUACAGUGCACGUUCUACCGUGACGAUGGCUACUCCUAUUAACGUACAGCGUCGCAAGCAUCUACUCUUUUGGUGCCUCGUCUACCUCUGCACAGGCGUGGGAAUCACGGACGGAUGGUGGGGACAGAAACCGGAAUUCGGGGCCGCAGCGACGUCCGUGACAGUGCUGGAAGGGGAGACGGCCAAACUACCUUGCAUAGUGCUUCAUCUCAACGACAGGGCGGUCACAUGGCUGAGGAGACGCGACCUGCACAUCUUAACUGCAGGUCAACACACGUACUCCGCUGACCAGAGAUUUCAGGUCGUACACACGGAGGGUAGUAAUGAAUGGACCCUCGUAGUACGUUACGCUCAACCACGUGACGCCGGGGUGUACGAGUGUCAAGUCAACACCGACCCAAAGCUGUCUCGGCCUGUCCUUCUACAAGUAACUGAUCCGAAUCCAGAGCUUAGCGUGACGAAGGGAAAGGUUUUCGUAGCUAAUAACACAGCUUCCACAAAAGACGGUGACCUCCGCGUCGAGAUCCAAGGACCCCGGGAACUGUACAUCGAAGAGGGGUCAUCCCUCACGCUGACCUGCCUCGUGACCACGUCCAGAGAACCAUCGACCGUCGUGUACUGGUACCACAACACGAAUCUCAUUGAUUACAAUUCUCCUCGCGGUGGUGUCAACCUGAAGAUCGACCGUGGACGAGGGGAGACUACAACUCGCCUCGUUGUGUCAGCUGUUGGUCAGGGAGACUCAGGCAUGUACUCGUGUGUGCCCCCCGGCUCUCACCCAGCGACGGUCAGGGUCCAUGUGCAGAAAGGAGAUCACGAGGCAGCCAUUCAGCAGAGCGGAGUCAGCGGCGCCAGCAGUGGCUCCUCUCUUCUCCUGCUUCCUUGCCUCUCCUCCCUGCUCCUCUUCCUCUUCGUCUAUUCCCCUCGUUUAUUCCUCCUCGACCUCCUUUCGAAACACUCGUAUGUCUUGCUUCUCUCCUGCGCCCUUUGUCUCGCUCCUUCUCUCCUCCUCUGCUUCUGCUACUGCUGGUGCUUCUGCUGUUGCAGCGUCGCCGUGUUCCUCUGCUGCCUUUCGCCCCUCGUGCUCGGCGCCCCCCCUCAGGACAUUCCCACCUCGUCCUGCUUCCUUAGGCCACGCCCUUCUCCCUCCUUCUCACCUGCCCCCCUCCUUCCCCCUUCGUCCCUCCUCGAACACCGGCCCUCCACGCCUUGCCUCGCCCGCCCUCCCUCCGCCAGGCACCCGAGAACACGGUGAGUCCCACGGCGAGGUCCUUCACGCCCUUACAACUCUACGCCAAGUGUUGACGUCCAUGCAGGCAGACCCGCGACGUCAGGCGGGGUGCCUAAGGAAGGAGCUUAGUGAAGUCAGUUUUGUAUGUCUACUCUAUAUAAGAAUGUGCAGAUGUGGAAUAUUAAUAAAGAAAUGGUUGUUUA